AUGAAAUUCCGGGGCUCUAGAGAUGCCUCGCCCUCAGGCUCCCGACCAUCAUCACCCUCCGCAUCCUCGAAUCCUCUGAACAUCACACAACAUGAACACCACCUCCCCCACCAUGGAGCUGACGAUAAUGAUUUACGAAGACGGUGGCCGUCUGACAUAUCCUCAAGGAGGCAAUCGGUCGCUGGACCUCUUAAUAGCUUGGACAACUUCGCCCGGUCAUGGCAGAGAGCGGCCCAAUUCCCGGAGGUUACUCCCCGUCGACCAUCGUUCUUCUUGGCCUUGCCUGAUGACGAGGAACGUGGCCGUGAUUUGCCCGUAGAUGAAACCAGACCUCUUUUGGGUCGGCCCUCUGCUUCAGGAGAGCACGUGCCAGAAUCACUCUGCGAUGAUGACGAUGUUGCAAACUCUCAUAAUUACGGAACUAGAGAGGGAACGGAGCACAGGCGACCUCACCUGGACGGUGGAUUUGACGCAUCUGUGCGCACAACACCACUCCUGGGAAGAAGCUACGACGCAUCGUAUGGAACAGCAAGUUCGACUAGAAUCAGCGAGUCGACCCGACUACACGCCGCCCAACUGCACAGAGAGCACCACUUUAUCGAAACCAAUACCGACAUCAUAGACGCUGACGCUGAUCGGGAACCCCUCGUCGUCAAGCGCAUCCAGCACCGAGAUGGCUCCAAAGAAACCAUUAUUGUCGGCCAAUCCACCGUUGCCCAGACCAUACUCAACUCCGUCAAUGUCCUGAUCGGAAUAGGCCUGCUUAGCUUACCCCUCGGCCUCAAAUAUGCCGGAUGGGCCAUCGGGAUUCCUCUGCUUCUCUUCUCGGCAGUGGCUACUGCAUAUACGGCCAAAAUCCUCGCAAAGUGCAUGGAUGUAGAUCCUACCCUCGUCACCUAUGCUGAUCUGGCAUAUAUCAGCUUUGGGCCCCAGGCUCGUAUCAUCACCAGCCUGCUCUUCUCCUUGGAACUGAUGGGUGCAUGUGUGGCUUUGGUUGUGCUCUUUGCAGAUAGCAUUGACGCUUUGAUUCCGGGACUAGGGGCCCUUCGUUGGAAACUGAUAUGCGGCGCGAUUUUAAUCCCGCUGAACUUCGUGCCCCUGCGACUUCUGAGCCUGUCGAGCAUUUUGGGCAUUUUUUGCUGUACUUCUAUUGUUCUGAUUAUUUUCGUCGAUGGUAUUAUCAAGCCGGACUCUCCAGGCUCCCUCCGUGAUCCUGCCCCGACAUCCCUCCUCCCUGGGAACUGGGGUGCCGUCCCGCUUUCCUUUGGACUGAUUAUGUGUCCCUGGGGCGGCCACAGCGUCUUCCCAAACAUCUAUAAAGACAUGAGACAUCCCCGCAAGUACGGAGAGAGCCUUUGGAUAACUUACAUCUUCACACUUUUCCUGGACCUGGCCAUGGCGACAGCCGCCGAUACCCUAACUGGUUGUCAAUUUGCAUUGUCCUGCCGUCCACUGGUCAGCACAGUCGAAUCACUCUGCGGCCUCCACAAUACCCCCUCCCGCAGCCAACACCCUCAGAAGAAAGCGAGGAAUGCGAGAAAGGAGCCAACCCACCUUAUCCGCACCACUGUCCAAGUCACAGCCCGCAUCGCCACAAUCGUCCUCAUCACCUACAUCGCCAUUGUCUUUCCGUACUUCGACCGCAUCAUGGCCCUUAUCGGUGCAAGCCUGUGUAUCACCAUCUGCAUCAUCCUUCCUAUUGCUUUUUAUAUGAAGAUUUUUGGAUCCAGGAUUAGUUUUCAGGAGCGGGUUGUGGAUUGGUUGUUGUUGAUUGUUUGUUCUAUUAUGGCGGUUGUGGGCACGGCGUGGGCAUUUAUUCCUAAGGAGAAUAUUGGGUUGAAAUGA